CAGAUCAAUGAACUGAGUGAAACAGACGGGCUGGGCAAGCCGACUACAGCGAGCGACCGUGGGAUAUACGCCGCUCACCGUUCCUCAACACCUAAUAUUUCUCCCUCGUCGUCAAAGUGAGACUCUAUGACAUCGCUGCUCACUCUCUAUGCUUUAUAGAGCCACUGAUACAACUUUACCCUCCUGGAUACACCAGAGCGAACGAGAUAGAAACAUUUGGUAGAAAUUUAUUCAUCCGUCGGUGGAUAUUCGGUUGUUGAGGAUGAUUUUUGCUAAUUCUGGCAACACAGUGAGGACGUCGCAUAAUCGUAAACAGCCUCCUGUUGGCCCCGCCUCCCACCCGAUGGCUCCGCCCAGUCCUGGAACCAACAGCAGCACCAAUCACAGCAGCAGCAGCAGCACAGCCGGCUGGGAGCAUCUCAGUAAAACGAACCUCUACAUUCGUGGUUUACCACCAACCACCACCGACCAUGACCUGGUUAAGCUCUGCCAGCCAUAUGGAAAAAUCGUAUCAACCAAGGCCAUCUUAGACAAAACCACAAACAAGUGCAAAGGCUAUGGCUUCGUGGACUUUGACAGCCCUGCUGCUGCUCAGAAAGCCGUCAGCGCUCUGAAGAGCAGCGGAGUUCAGGCUCAGAUGGCAAAGCAACAGGAGCAGGACCCCACUAACCUGUACAUAUCUAACCUGCCGCUGAACAUGGAUGAACAGGAGCUGGAGGCCAUGCUGAAGCCCUUCGGACAGGUCGUCUCCACUCGUGUCCUGCGGGACACCAACGGAGCCAGCCGAGGGGUCGGAUUUGCGAGGAUGGAGUCGACAGAGAAAUGUGAAGCUGUCAUCUCUCACUUCAACGGGAAAUAUCUGAAAACACCAGCUGGAGUUAUGGCCCCGUCAGAACCCUUGCUGUGCAAGUUUGCGGACGGAGGCCAGAAGAAGCGGCAGAGUCAAAAUAAAUAUGUGCAGAACGGACGAGCCUGGGCCAGAGACGGAGAGACCAGACUUACUGGCAUGACUCUCACGUACGACCCCACCACAGCUGCUAUGCAAAAUGGAUUCUAUCCAGCCGCCUACAGUAUUACAAACAGAAUGAUCACACAGACCCCUCUUUCUCCAUACAUCUCCCCUAUGUCCACAUACCAGGUACAGAAUCCAUCCUGGGUCACCCAUCAGCCCUACAUCUUGCAGCAUCCGGGAGCAGUGAUAUCGCCCUCUAUAGAUCACUCCAUGUCUCUGCAGCCCGCGUCCAUGAUGGGACCUCUUGCUCAGCAGAUGAGUCACCUCUCUAUGGGCAGUGCAGGAACGUUUAUGCCAGCUAGUCCAGCUCUCCAGGGGCCGUAUAUCCCUCCAUACACUCACAUGCAGACCACCGCCGUCUCAGUAGAGGAGAACAGUCCACAACCUCAGGUGGAGUCGUCCAGUGAUCAUUCACCUUAUACCUAUCAGCAGGCCAAGUGAUGAAGAGGGUUGUCGGGGUUCGAGAGAGAAGGAGAAGACUGCUAAUUCAAUAACAGCUUCCUUUGAAGGACCGGCUCUACAGAUGAAUCGACUUUUUGCACAGGUUCUACGAUGAGUUCCUCGGUUUUUAUAAUAAAACUACUUCAACUAUUUUGGUAUAAGUUCCAUUAGGUGCAAAUCAAGGAUUCAUUUCAUCAGAGGAUGCUGACAAAGAAAACACAAAUGAAAUGGGAAGAAAAAGUUUUAUUUUACUAAGGAAACAACGUUUAUUUUUUACCAAGGAUCGUCACAUAGAUGCAGGAACGUCAUCAUGGAGAUUCUUCUUAUUUUUAUGAUUUCGGAUUUGUUUUCUCUCUCUCUCUCUCUCUCUAUUUUCUUUUGUACUGAAACAGACGUUUGUUUUUAGAGAUCUGUCAGCCGGACAUCCUGAGAAAGAUUGCAUUUGUGCUUGCGGUGUGAGUGUCGUUGAUGUGUUUUUUGUCGUGUGCUUCAUCUUUUUCGGUCUGACCGAUCUGUCCGUCUUAUACGAUUUGCCUUAAACUCUUUCCCGUACAGUAGCCGAAGAAAAGACGUCCGGCUGCUGCCUUGUAAAUCAGCUGAAUAGGGCUUUCUUAGCAUCGCGCAGAGGAACAUUUCCGCCACGCUCGGAUUUCGGUGUUUUGCUUUUUCCGAUCUUUUAGAGUACAAACUGUUUUGAGUGAUAACGCUGAUGGAGUUUUAAUAGGAUUUAAUGUUUUUAUAAUCAGAGGCGAUGACGAGUCUUUGGUUGUUUGAAUGUGGUAGAAAUUCUGCUGAACGAUCACAUUUUUGAUAUUUGCCUUUUCGUUUAUAAAUCUCGGUGUUGUAGUUUAGCUUUAGAUGAACUUGUGUGGGAGGGGGAGGAGCUUUGACUCGUAUUCUAAUUAGGGGGCGGGAGGGAGGCGUGGCCUGUCAGUCAGAUCGAAUAUCAUUCAGAGUGCAACCUCCCGUGACAACUUCUUCGGGAGAGGUGAACGUUUAGAUUUUAGUGCUUGUUUUAUUAUACCAGGCAAACAAAUCUCGGCACUUUCAAGUUUACUUCACCAAAGACGGUCGGCGAGCGGAUCACGCAAACGUGACGUUGUUUUCUCUCGAGGUGGGCCACACUGAAACUUUAUGACAGACUGGGUUGUGGUUGUGGAGAAUGUGCCUUCUUUGUACAUAUGCAUUCAUUUGUCUGUAGUUGGCGAGGUGCGGACACCGAUUUGAAGGACGAUUUGGAUCUAGCAAGUGCCACAAACUAAUCAAAGACAUCACUACAGAGCGGAGACAACUGAAACUAAAACACGGAACGAGGACAGGUUGAAACGACGGCUCUGUUCUGAAACCCUAGUGAGCUGCCUACAUAGGCUGCUCCCUUCUAAGGGAGCAUCGUAAUUCAUUAAUGCAUCAUACACUGGCAAGAUUGCAGUAAAAUAACAGUACAAAUAUUAGUUUUUUUAAGUUAAUGGAUGGAUUUUUCACUCAAAAGGCAUUAGGAAUUUGCCUUCUCAGUAAAGGAUACGUGUAAUGCUCCCUUAGAAUUUUGCAAAAGUAGUGCACUUACUUUCUAUGCUCCAUAUUUUGCAUUAUACACAUUAUAUAUAUGUGUGUAUAUGUGUGUAUAUAUGUAAGUUACACAGGGUCGGAAUUGCAUUAAGAGAAAAAAAAAACACACAGAUAAGUCAGUUUUAUAAAAAACUGAUUAUGUUUAUUGCAUUAUAUAUGUAACCCUGGAGUACAAAAUCAAAACGAAGUUGUUGUUUUUUUAGAUUUGUACAUCAUCUGAAAGCAGAAUAAAUAAACUUUCCAUUUCCAUUGAGAUUUGAAGAUCUGAGGUGCAAAAAAAAUUGAUAGAUAUAUAUAUAUUGAGAAAAUCGCCUUUAAAGUUGUCCAAAUGAAGUUCUUAGCAAUGCAUAUUACUUAUCAAAAAUGAAGAUUUUCUUAAGACUGGUUUUGUGCUCCAGGGUCACAUAUAAGUUAUAUAAGUCACAAUGGAUCAAAAUUGCAUUGUUGAGAGAAAAGGGACACAGAGAAGUCACAAUUAUGUUAUUAUUACAUUCAGAAAUAAUGUAAAAUACAGAUAAAAUGAAAUGCUUAUAAACACUAUAAAAAACAUGUAUUUUAGUUCCCCUCACUCCACAACAACUCCUUUAAAUAUAACAGUAUUCAGAUGAGGAAUAAAAAAAUCUGAUGUAUAAAACCAACUGAACUCAUUAUAAACAUCAAAAAUGAAACUCUAACCAACAUGUUUCGCAUGUUUGACAUUCAUUUCAUCUAUAUAUGAUGAAACAUACAUAGAUGACAACAACAUGUUUUAGGUAAUAAGAAAUGUGAUUUUCUGGAAAAUACAGAUGGCAGCUCACUAGGCUUUAGGAAACAGCAUUUGAAACAAUAAUUGCAUCCAUUACAGGAAAAGGUUUUAAUUUUAUUUUAAUCUCACGAUAUAGUUUAUUAAGGCUUUAUUCACUGAUUUGUCUUCCAAAAGACUGUGUUUUUGACCUGGUGGGUCUUGUUGACCAGUUAUCUACCUCAGAGUUUUGUUGUCCUCUGUUUUGAUUGGUCGGGCAGCAGGUUCAGCCCGCCCCUCCAGACCAAACGGCCAGCUCAGGAGCUGCCCACGUACACUUGAUUUCUUUCAGGUUUUUUC